AUUUGGACAAUGGUGGUCCAAAAGUAGUGAAGUUUUAUCGAUUUUGAAGGUGUUGCAAGAAAGUUGCCAAUUGAUUGGUGCGUGUUGCCACCUCGUGUACGUCCAGCCGCGUGUCCUGGAUAAGUGUGUCCGGCACCGUGCUAACACGAUUAGCUUGGAACAGGGCCGUGCAAAACAACGGUUAGCCUGGGCGGAGGGGGCUUCGACGUCCAGAUCUACACUUACCCCCUCCAUCCUAGGAACCACUCUGUUGCUGGGUGCGUUACUGUAGGCGUGUGUUGUGUCGGUAUGCCUCGUAUCAAUUUCAGCCGUACUGAGCGUUUUGCUCAGAUGUCGAAGCAGGAGCAACUGAUCGCACAGAAACGACAGCAGAUCCUAGAGAAACAGCGUACCCUCGAGCUAGCGAAACAGAUUGCCGCCGAAGCGACUAAGGAUACGCCAAGCGUGACGGAGACACCGGAAGAUACGGCGGAUACGUCGGGAAAGGUGUUGCUACCGUUCAGCAACGACGGUUCAUUUCUCGAACGGUUCAAGCAGCUAAGAGAGAAGAUAGUAAAACAGACCGACGAUCAAGUGAAGCCAGCGGUCCCAGAACCGGACGCUACAGUAAACAUUGAAUCCGCACCUGCUGUGGGUGUGUCCGCUAGCAGCAGUAGCGAACAGAUGUUCAAGUUUGACAUCCCACCACCAUCGCUUUUACCAACGCUUCCACCACCGCCACCGCCACCACCACCGCCACAGCUACCAGCCAUGGCAGACGAUGUUCAUUUCGAACCGUUUUAUGAUCUGCCGCCCGUGGUGGCCGCCGACACUAGCAGCGUACCGGAUGAUACCGCCCGUACCGGCGGCAGAAGCGAGGUAGCACUGCCGAACUGCCAAGUAUUUUCAGAACAUGAUAAAUUACCAACCACAGUUGAAGAAUUAAUUCAAUUGGUUGCCGAUAUCGGUGAUGUUUAUGAAGAUAAAUUAUGUUCACGUAAAAAUGAUUUGCAUCCGUCGCUUUGGUUCGUGUUCGAUAAGCAAUCGGAGGCGUACCGUGGCUUUCGCCGGAUGAUCGCGAUAAGGCGCGAAACCAAAGCAGAAGACGAUGCUGCGGAUGCGGGUUUAAACAGCAGAAGAGUAAACGAUGCAUUGCCGAUCAGUGGCGAUGAGGAGGAGGAGGAAGAUGAUGAUGAUGCCAAAUACGAUCCGGCCGAUGUGUUGGACGAUUCGAUCAUCGACGAUGGACAGGAGAACCACGUCAAACAACAAACGGCCGGUGGUGUACCCGAAGGCUCAAAAGGCACGUCGGAGAUUCCUAUUCAUAUGAUGCCUAACUUUUACGGCGACGAACGGCAUUUCUACGAUGACAAAUCGACGACAGAAACGGACUCGGAUACGGAAUACGUACGGGAGGCACGGGAACGUAACCUAAAGAAUCUCAAGCGCAAAACGUUUGAUGCCGGGAACCGGCGUGAAGACGGCAGUUCGACCGAUUCCGACGAUGACUACCAUGGAGGGCUCGGAGAUAGUGCAAAUGAAUCUUUGAACGACAAAAAUGGAGGUAGUUCCGGUGCGGGAGGUAGUGCUACCGGUGGCAGUGGUGGAGGAGGAGGAGGUGGAGCUGGAAGCGGUUCCCGUGGUCAUCGGCAGAAAUUUCGCAAAAAGUCACGCUGGGGUGAGAAUACGGAUGGGGCAGGGACAGCAGGCAGCCAGGAAGGUGCGAUGGCUGGGGCAGCGCAACAACAAAAGCAGCCACCACAGCCACCGGUGCAGCAAGGAAGCAUCCCAGGAAUUCCAUGGACCGGGGGGCAUUUAAAUGUACCACCCCCACCUCCGCCGCCACCAAUACCAUCAGCACCAGCUACAUCGAUCGAUCGCAACAAUCCCGGACUGUUACAGUACGUGUUUCAUCAUUACGGUACGGUAGCAGAUGUAUCACCGGAAUGCUGGAGCAAAGCGGAAGAACACUACCGUUUGCAGCUGCUGUAUGAUGACCUAACGCAGAAGAUACAGCAGCACGAUCAGUUUUUGCGCGUCAGCGUGACUGAAGGACAGCGUGUGGACUCGGACGAAGAGCGCCGGCUGAACACGAUCAAGCUAGAGGCGAUCAUGUGCUGGAUCAGUGAGAUAACGCACUUGUACGAUCGCAUACGUCCGAAGCAUCUGAGCGAGUUUUUGAUGCGGGACGAUUACGAGCGUUUUGUGGAGCGGUUUCGCCGAACUUCCGACCGGCAGCCGAAUUUUGAAGACUACAAAGAGUUCCGCUUGCGUGAAGCGAAUGGGACGCUUUCCGAUGCCGCCGUGUCAGGUGCGGCCCGGCCGGAUGAUGGGUCGGGGAAACGCGAAUACAGCUCAACCGAUUCGGAUUUCGUGUCCUAUCGUGAACCCGGACCCGGACAGUCGACGGGUGGUCAACAACAGGGUAGCGCACAGAGCAACGGGAAAUCGGAAACACGCACCGUAGAACCCACGUCAACGGUGGGUGGAGGUGAAAAGCGAGCCGCCGAAGGAACGGUAGACGAGCAGCAACAAUUGGCUGCAAAACGGCGCAAAAGUCGUUGGGGUGGUCAGGUGGAGUGUGGCCCACAGUUUGUCCCGGGUCAGAGUUUCCGGACACAACCGCCACCACCUCUACCUGCUCAUCCACCGGGUCCGCCGCCGUCCCUACCACCGACCAAACUGUCCACAGUAAGUCGUACCGAUCCGGCAUUGUUGGCGUAUGCGCGACAAAAUUUUGGCACCACGAACCUAUCGGAGGAAGACUGGAAGAAGGCAGAAGAUCACUACAAGAUCAACCUGCUGUACCAGGAUAUGCUGCGUAAGCGGCAGGAGAUUGACCGACUGGCAAACAGCGGUCGGUUCAAGUACGAAUACGAUUCGGAUGAGGAUACGACGGGCGGUACCUGGGAACAUAAGCUUCGCCAACAGGAAAUGGAAGCGACGCAAAAGUGGGCGAACGAACUAACACGCCAGUCGGAGGGCAAGCAUCAUAUUGGUGACUUUUUGCCACCGGAAGAAUUGCGUAAGUUUAUGGAAAAGUACGAAGCACAGAAGAACAACCGUCAACCGAAUUUGAGCGACUACAAGGACUACAAGUUGCGCGAGGAUAACGUUGGGUUUCAGAUGCUGCAGAAGCUUGGAUGGAAGCAGGGCCAGGGCCUGGGAGCGGACGGUAGCGGUAUUGUGGAUCCAAUCAAUAAAGCCGCACAGCGAGACAAUAAUCAAGGCUUGGGCAUCAUUACCCCUGACAACCCGGAGGUCAACGAUAACGAGUACGAUGCGUACCGUAAGCGCAUGAUGUUAGCGUACCGGUUCCGGCCGAAUCCGCUGAACAAUCCGCGCCGCGCUUAUUAUUAAUUUGCUUAAGGCAUUUAGAACAAAUCCGGGAUGCGGACUGGCGUUCGUUAUCGAUAGUAGUUUGUAAGCUACACGCGAGGAUACGCGUGCAUUUUUUUUCUUUAAUGGUUCUGUAUCGGCAUGCUGAUAUAGAUAGCCUCCGAAGGCGAUGUGUUAUUAAACGUAUUGGAUUUAAGUGAAUGGAAGUACACCAAAUUUCGCAACCCAUCAAAACCGACUGGAUGAGGCGAAGCUAUGCGUGAUGGUUAGUGACUGAGUUGCGCUUAAUUAUUGUUAGCAAUGCAAAGUUAGUGCAACGAGCUGUUUUUCUUUUGUUGGAACUAUCCCUAUUUAUGCGUUAUGCUAUCCUCUUUGAACGUGAUCGCUGCAAGCGCUCAGCAGAAAGAUUGGCAAUUAGCAUGAAAUGAGCUUGAUAAGUUUUUUGUUUUCGUAAACACAGACAUCCAGUACCGUUACUAGUACAAAAGCGUGCGGGAUUAGUUUUGACGUCUCGUGUUCGCUCGUUAGACGAUUGUUAAGCUAUCGUGGAUGUCUGGAAAGUAAUGUCGCUCAGCGCGUUGGGAUGAUGGUUUGCUGGAAUGUGGCGUAAAUUGCAGGAUGUGUUGUGAAGAAAAAUAAAACGAGGGAGAUAUUAAUUUAUGUUGCCGCACUAUUCUUCUAGCGCUCGUUGUAUGUGAACGCCCGGCGGAUGCGAAACAGAACAAAAUUCUGACGCAUUGUAUUGAAAUCAUGUAAUAAAUUGUCGAUUGAAUUGUAUGUGAAAUGGUUUAUCAGUGUAUACUGCGUUCUAUAGCGGAAGUUAAAAAAAAUAAACGAAUGUCAAGAUGCUUAGCUGUAAAUGAAAUAUACAAAUUGUAAUAAAUAAAGGGCACAGUAUGUUCGUCUGCA